AUGUCAGUUUUGGGUAUAGAUAUAGGAAAUGAUAAUUCUGUUGUAGCUACUAUUAAUAAAGGUGCUAUAAAUGUUGUGAGGAAUGACAUAUCCGAAAGGUUAACCCCGACAUUAGUUGGUUUCACCGAAAAAGAAAGAUUAAUCGGUGAUAGUGCUUUAUCUAAAUUGAAAUCGAAUUAUAAGAAUACAUGUAGGAAUAUAAAAAAUUUGAUAGGUAAAAUAGGAACAGAUGUAAAAGAUGAUAUAGAAAUACAUGAAGCAUAUGGUGAUUUAAUACCAUGUGAAUAUAAUUACUUAGGUUAUGAAGUUGAAUAUAAAAAUGAGAAAGUUGUAUUUAGUGCUGUUCGUGUUUUAUCAGCUUUAUUAUCCCAUUUGAUUAAAAUGGCUGAAAAAUAUAUAGGAAAGGAAUGUAAAGAAAUUGUCUUAUCAUAUCCUCCAACAUUUACAAAUUGUCAAAAAGAAUGUUUAUUAGCUGCAACUAAAAUUAUUAAUGCUAAUGUUUUGAGAAUUAUUAGUGACAACACAGCUGUUGCUUUAGAUUAUGGAAUGUACAGAAUGAAAGAAUUCAAAGAAGAUAAUGGAUCCUUACUAGUUUUUGUUAACAUUGGUUAUGCAAAUACUUGUGUAUGUGUUGCUCGUUUUUUCUCUAAUAAAUGUGAGAUAUUAUGUGAUAUUGCUGAUUCAAAUUUAGGUGGUAGAAAUUUAGAUAAUGAACUUAUUAAAUAUAUUACAAAUAUAUUUGUUAAUAAUUAUAAAAUGAAUCCAUUAUAUAAAAACAAUACUUCUGAAUUAUGCCCAAUGGGUACUGGUAGGUUAGAUAAGUUUUUAGUAACAUCUACAGCUUCUGAUGAACAAAAUGGUAUUAAUAAUAAAGUACGUAUUAAAUUACAAGAAGUUGCUAUAAAAACAAAGAAAGUUCUUUCAGCAAAUAAUGAAGCGUCUAUACAUGUUGAAUGCUUAUAUGAAGAUUUAGAUUGUCAAGGCUCCAUUGAUAGAGAAACCUUUGAAGAAUUGUGUUCAAACUUCUUCUUAACAAAAUUAAAACAUCUUCUAGAUACUGCUAUUUGUAUUAGUAAAGUAAACAUACAAGAUAUACAUUCUAUUGAAGUUUUGGGUGGAUCUACAAGAGUUCCAUUUAUUCAAAAUUAUUUACAACAAUAUUUUCAGAAACCAUUAUCUAAGACACUUAUAGCAGAUGAAUCUAUAGCAAGAGGUUGUGUACUAUCAGCUGCUAUGGUUAGUAAACAUUAUAAAGUAAAAGAAUAUGAAUGUGUAGAAAAGGUUACACAUCCCAUUAAUGUGGAAUGGCAUAAUAUUAAUGACGCAUCUAAAAGUAAUGUAGAAAAAUUAUAUACAAGAGAUUCUUUAAAAAAGAAAGUUAAGAAAAUUGUUAUCCCAGAAAAAGGACACAUUAAACUUACAGCUUAUUAUGAAAAUACACCAGAUUUACCAUCGAAUUGUAUAAAAGAAUUAGGCUCAUGUAUUGUUAAAAUAAAUGAAAAGAAUGAUAAAAUUGUUGAAUCCCAUGUUAUGACCACCUUUUCAAAUUAUGAUACAUUCACAUUUUUAGGUGCACAGACAGUAAGCAAGUCUGUUAUUAAGUCCAAGGAUGAAAAAAAAAAAGGAGAUGACAAAACGGAGGAUAAGGGAGAAAAAAAAGAUGCAAAAGAUCAAGAACAAAAUGAUGAUAAAGAUGAAACAAAUGAUAAUAACAUGAAUGAGAAAGAUAGUAAUGAUAAAACAGAAAAAAAAAAUAAUGAAACAAACUCACCAAAUAAAACAGAAUUAAAAAAAGGUGAAGAAGGAAAAGUACAAACAUGUUAUACAACAAUACCUAUUGAAACAUUAUUAGCUCAAGGAUCUUAUAGUUCUAAAGAUAUAUUCAAUUUUAGUGAACAAGAAAUUAAUAUGCAACAUAGUGAUAUAUUAGAAGGAGAACGAUUAAAACAUCUUAAUGAACUAGAAACUAUUAUAUAUGAAAGUAGAAGUAGACUUAAUGGUAUAUAUAAAAAUUUUGUUAUGGAUGAUGAAAGAGAUCGUAUUUUACUUUCCUUAGAUGAUUAUGAAAAUUGGUUAUAUGAUAAUAUAGAAGAAAAUAAAAAUAUGUUUAUUAAAAAAAAAGAAGAAAUUAGAGAUCUUAUAAAAAAUAUUGUACAAAGAUAUGAUGUAUAUAAUUCAAAACAACAAAAUCUGGGAAAUAUAAUUAAUCAUCUUAAUAAUAUCAUAACACAAUGUUCAAAUAAACCAUCUGAUGAAAGUCAAAAUAUUAUAAAUAGAACAACGAAAUUCUUAAAUAAUAUUAAUUCUUUACAAGAACAAGAAAAAAAUAAACCACUAUACGAACCACCUGUAUAUACACUUAAUGAUAUUGAAGCAGAAUUUAAUGAAGUCACACAACUCGCUCAAAAAUUCUUUUCAAAACUUGAAGUAGAAGAACUCGCUAAACAAAAGGCAAAGCAAGAAAAGGAAAAGGAAAAAGAAAAAGAAAAAGAGAAAGAAAAGGAAAAAAAUGAAGAGACAAACUUGGAUGCAAAUGAUGAACAAAAUAAUGAAGCAAAAAAUAAUGAAGAAAAGGAAAACUCAACAAAAAAUGAGAAUUCAGCUAAUCCAGAGGAAUAA